AUGAAGAACUACUCAAGUUCGGAAAUUCUGGAUGCUUUGGUGAAAUUGACAAAGGCAUAUCCGAUUGAGCCCACGCCUGAGGAUAGGGAGGAGCUUGCCAAAUUGGAUGAACAGCAAAAGAGGAGUGAGAGAGACAGUAAGCUGUCGCAAGAAGUCCGGGCGAAGGCGAAGAGGGAGCAGCAGCUGUUGGAGCAGGCGAGAGGGGAUGUUGCAGCGCAGUCCGCGUAG